ACGCAUCAUCGAAAUAUUUCAUGGCAAACAAGAUUUCUUCUUGGUUAAAUGCCUCUGGACCAUCAUACGUUGUAGAUACAGCCUGCAGUUCAAGUCUUUCCGCUUUAGCUCAUGCGUACACAAGAAUGAAAAACGGAGAAUGUGAUGCGGCCAUUGUAGCUGGUGUUAAUCUGUGCUUAAAUCCCUUUGAAACGUAUCAAUUUUGUAGUCUUGGAGUAUUGUCCGCUGAUGGUUACUGCAGACCUUUUGAUGAAAAAGGCCGUGGUUACAUGCGCAGUGAUACCGUUGCUGUGCUGUUUUUGCAGAAAGCAAAAGAUGCAAGAAGAAUUUAUGCUACGUGUGUUCAUGGUAAAACAAAUUGCGAUGGUUUCAAAGAAGAAGGUAUUACAUAUCCAUCUUUUGAAAUGCAGAAAGCUUUACUAGAAGACUUUUAUGAGGAAUGCAAAAUUGCACCUUCUGAGAUAUCUUAUGUGGAAGCUCAUGGAACUGGUACUGUAGUAGGCGAUCCAGUAGAAGUUACAGCUAUUGAUCAAGUUUUCUGUAAAAACAGAAAUAGUCCUUUAUUGAUGGGCUCAAUAAAAUCAAAUCUUGGACAUGCUGAGCCUGCUAGCGGUCUCUGUCAAAUAGCAAAAAUACUGAUAGCAAUGGAAACUGGUAAAAUUCCAGCAACUCUGCACUUCAAAUCACCGCGAAAAGAUCUUACUGCUGUUCUUGAAGGUAGAAUUAAAAUUAUUACUGAACUUACACCAUUUAAUGGUGGGUAUGUGGCGGUUAAUUCUUUUGGAUUUGGUGGCGCAAACUGCCAUGUAAUAUUAAAAUCAAAUCCGAAAAAUAAGAUCAAAAAACUAGACGAUUUACCUAGACUUGUAAUUGUGUCUGGUCGUACUGAAGAAGCUGUUAAAACGAUUCUGGAUGAUGUGCAUAAUCGGCCGAUUGAUACAGAAUAUAUUGCUCUUUUACACAGCAUUUAUAAUAAAAAUAUAGAACGUCACCCAUAUAGAGGAUAUACUAUAGUUGGAUUAACAGAAGAUCAUAGGUCAAUUAAUAAGCUAGAAUGUUAUUCAAAUAUAAGUAAACAAAUUUGUUUUCUAUUUCCCGGAACAGAUGUCAUAUGGAGUAAUAUAGGCAAAGACUUAAUGAAACUACCAAUAAUUGUCAAAACAAUUCAGAAAUGUGAUGAAGCACUAAAACCAUGUGGUAUAUGUGUCACGGACAUUUUAUUAAAUAAAAACGAAAUUACUUGCAAUGACAGUAUAAAAUCAUUCGUGGCAAUCAUUAGUAUUCAGAUUGCAAUAGUAGAUCUUUUCCUACAUAUUGGAAUUGUGCCCGAUUAUGUACUUGGUCAGUCGAUUGGUGAACUGUUGUGCGGAUAUGUGGAUGAAUUUUUUACUGUUGAGGAAACAAUUUUAAUGGCGUAUUAUAUGAGUGUUGCGUUUGAUAAAAUAAAAGUAGAACAGUGUGAUUAUAUUUCUGCUGCUUCUAAUCAGUAUCCAGAAUCUACUAGAUUAAAGCUACUAGAAUAUCUGAAUCAAAUAGCACCAUAUAAAUCUAUGAAAAAUUUUAAAUAUAGUAAGAAAUGUUAUCUGCUGCAGAAUAUUAUGCACACAGUGCAGUAUAUUCGUCACUUGAAGAAAUUUUACCUAUGA